AUGGAUUCAACGUUGUUAGCUGAUUUGGCGACAAAUUUUUAUGGUACUAAGUUUUCUGGCAAUUCUUUGAGCUCUUUAAUAUCAUCUAUUACAAAAUAUAAUACCUUGGAGCACAAAAUAGAUAUUAAAAAAAUCAAGGUGGAUAAAUGCAACAGAGCCCUACAGCAACUUAAGAUCUUGUUGAUCAAAAAUUACGACCAAAAUAAGGAUUUUGUCCUGUUCUCAAAAAUUGUAUAUGAAAUUGGUGCGAUGGUAUCAGUGGCUGCACAGGAUUUUUCUUCCUUUGAGCGCUUUUACGCGCCUCUGCAAGACAUAUAUUUGGAGAUGUCCUACGACUUCACAGCCACUGUUAUCAUUGGUCUUAAACUGUUUCAUCUACUAACCAGCAAUCGUAUAGGAGAAUUUCACUCUUUACUAGAAUUAUAUCCUCAAAAGAUAAGGACAACAAAAAUUGUUUCAUAUGUAAUAGACUUGGAGCAUUUGCUAACCGAUGGCAACUUUAAAAAAUUGCUCACAGAUCGUCAGGUGCCGCCAAUUGAUAUUUACACGCCUUUUAUUACACUUCUUAAAGAUGUAACUAGAUAUAAAGUUGCUGCUUGUAUCGAGUUUUCAUUUCCAUCAAUAUCACUUGCACAUGCCGCCGAAAUGCUACAUUUGGAUAUCGGACAGAUGGACGAUUUUGUGAAAAUUUUGAAUAAGAUAAAGUUCGAACAGGGUGAAUCGCUUUGGAUCCUAAAAAACGGAAAGUUUACUUUCAACUUGCAGCAAGUGGCUUGUGAAAUCCCCGUAUGGGAAACUCUACAAAAUACAAUCUCCUAUGCCACUCAAAUUGAGCGCAUAGUAUAG